AUGCCCGCGCCGCGGCCGGCGCGAGGACCCGGGCCCGGCCCGGGCUGCCGCCGCCCCCGCCUGCGCCCCCGGCUGCUGGCCGCGCUGCUCGCGGCGGCCGCCCUCUUCUCCGCCGCCGCCGCCGAGAAGAACAAGUACUACCACAUGCAGCAGCUGUGCAAGAACCACUUCCUGCAGCAGCUGUACCGCAAGAUCGACGGCGCGGUGCUGCAGUCGCAGAACGAGCGCAACCUGGACUGCGUCAUCACGUUCCAGACGCACUCCAUCCUGCAGCGGUUCAUGCUGCGCUUCGACCUGCUGCAGCUCGACUGCAACGACCACCUCUUCAUCUACGACGGCGCCCACGCCGUCGGCAGCUACAAGUCGGACCUGACGUGCCGCAACACGGAGUCGACCGUGGGCGCCAUCUACACGCGCACCAACUUCGUCACGCUCAAGUACGUGACCGACGGCUGGGGCACCGACUCCAACGGCUUCCGGCUCGUCAUCACCGCCUUCAAGGACAAAAAGCAUGCGUGUGAGGACUUCCGGUGCACGCGGGAGUUCUGCAUCGACACGGACCUCGUCUGCGACGACGUCAACCACUGCGGCGACGCGUCGGACGAGGCCGGCAGCGCCGUCUGUCCACAGAGCGGGCCGCGCACCGUGCUGGGGCUGUCGCCGACGAUGCUGGUGGUGGCGGCGGUGAGCGCGCUGCUGCUGCUGGCCGCCGCGGCCGCCGCGCUCGCCGUCUGCCUGUGCCGGCGCUCCCGGGGCCGCCGCGGGCCGCUGCCGUCCACGCCGCAGCCGCCGCCCACCACCAACACCUCCUUCCCGUUGCAACAGAUGUACGGGUGGAACGGCGGCGGGGCGAGCGCGCGCGCCGCCAAGGUACCGCCGGGGCUGGGCCAGCCGCAGCCGCCGCCCCCGCAGGCGCAGCUGCAGCCGCCGCCGGGGCCGGGAAACUGGCGUCGCCCUGCGGGCCUCCAGCUCGGGUACAGCGUGGCCCGGGUCCGCCUCUACUGCCUGGCCGAGUGAGGAGCUCCGGCUCCGACAGCGACAUUUCCUCCAGUCAGAAGGACGAAUGGUUCGUUUAGAGGUAGGCCUGGUCCAGUGCCUUGCAGGGUGAAGUCCGACUGGCUAGCGGUACCCUCUACCAGCCGGCAACGCAACUUUUAUCUCGGAUAGUUGCUAGUUUCCAACAACAGAUGGACUCAAAUCAGUAGGCGUAGGUGGUGAUAGCUGUGGUCCACGUCCCCGCACGUGGGGAGCUUGGGGACCGGACACAAGUCUCUUUGUAAUACAGUAGCGAGACGAGAAGAGCGCGACGCAGGAGGGGAGAAGAGAAGAGGGAGCAGCAACAACGGACAAUAAGAGCGGCGCCUUCCAGAGCGAGGGUGGCUUUUGUCACGUGUCAACGGGAACAAGCCAGAAACCGGCCCAUCGGGACAACUCAAGUGCCUAUUCACAGCACGGCAGCUGCGGUGGAUUGGUGUAGCAACUGAGGCCAACAUUUUGUGGUAUCACUGGGAGCAUUUUCGAUCAAAUUAGGGGCAAUACGAACAGGGAUUUUUUUUUGUACCUCUACUUCCUUCUGGGGAUGUAUUUCUUCUGUGCUGUUGUGUACAUACUACUGUGUGCAGUUACAAUAAUUCUUGCUUAGUGGCGUUUUUCACAGCAACAUUUACCCAAAUUGAUAAAGGAGUAAAUUUUGAAACCAGGCUGUAGGUCUGCUGGGUUGGGUGCGACCCGUCAAAUUCAGGAAAAUAUGUUUUUCGGGUGGAAAAGGGUUAUUUGGGUGUACUCAGACGCGCCACUAUUUUGGCUGAGAGAAAUUACCUCGUAGUCACACUCGUUUAAUUUGUUAUUUUUCUACUGACUAAGCACUUCCAAGGCGUGGAAUAGAUUAUGUCCUAUGUGGUCCCCAUUGUCUGGAUAAAGGUUCUCCAUAGUCACUUUACCCUUUUUACCUGUGUAUUAUUGUGUAAUAGAGACUUUAUUUUUGACACUUUGAUGACAACGGUUUUGAAAAAAAAACUCUUUGAUAAAGUUCUUAUGUUCAGCUGUGUUUGUGCAGUGGCCUCCUUAGAGUCUGCUUAGGGGAGGCCCUAUUUGUGUAACAUAGAGCAUGAAUGUGACGUUGUGUUUGUACGAUGAUUUGUUAUCCUCAUCCAACUGGAAUCCGGUGUUCGUUGGCUUGCCAAUUAGUAGAUUAUAGUGGGACAAAUUUUGUCGAUUAAUAAGAGCCAACAAAUCGAGGGAUUAAUAUCUACUUUGUGGCGCGUGCCCUGUGCGUUCUAUACACAGGCGGGCGUCUGGUACUGGUAGACGUUUCGUACUCUUUUUAUACUGUGUGCAGGAUCAUUUCAUGAUGUGCUUCGCUUCUUCUUAAAUCGUGCAUAACAACUCCUAUCGUUUGUUAAAAUAUCGACGCGCAGUCACGCUUGGAGGAUUAAAAAAAAUGCUAGUUAUCAAUGUUGGUUAUGCUUCUGCACACUAUACAAGCAAAAAUAUGUUGGACCCUUGUCGACGUUAACUGUACUAGCGCUUUGUUAAUUAAGAUAGCGAUUAGAACAUUGGAAUGUAAGUACGUUCAUAAAGGUACGUUUCACUCGGCUGUAGAGUCGUGUGUACGGAGUAUAAGGUUUUUUAAAAGAAGAAACCCUAAACCCAUAUCAUUUACUUGCAUAUCACAACCACAUACUGUAAGCAACCAUUGUUUGAUUGAUCUGUUUGGCAUGUAAUGCACUGCCAUUCACAUUAGCCCAAUAAGAAAUGUACGUGUGUGUUCGUUACAAAAUGUUUAUUUAGUAAAAAAAAAGUUCAAAACCA